AUGUCAGAUAAUGAUAAUGAAAUUAUUUCUAUUAAGUAUAAUCCUAAUUUUACUCAACAAGAAUUGGCAAAUAAAUUUGUAAUUGGUCAAUCAACUGUAGCUGAUAUUCUUGCACAAUUAUUAUAUUGGCUUGGUUUAAAGAAGUGGUUUGACCUUGCAUUAGAAAACCAUUUAACAAUUACAGGAUUAAUUUUACAAGAAAAGGCCAAACAAGUAGUAGCAGCUUUAAAUAUUCAAAAUUUUGCUGCAUCUGAUACACAUUGUAGUGAAGCCACUAGUGCUUUAAUUGAAAGAUUACUUGAAUUUCAUCUAUCUUUACAAAUUGAAACAUCAAAUUAUGAUCCAAUAGAUAUCUAUAAUUAUGAUAAAACAGCACUUUAUUGGCUUUUAGAGCUUUCAAAAUCACUUACUCAUGGCAGUAUUUCAGGAAUUAAAAAACCAAAAAAUCAGGUUACUAUAAUAUUAACAUGUAAUGCAGUUGGUGAUAAAUUAUUACCAUUUUUUUAUUCAUAA